AUGUAUACAGCUUUCCAAUAUCCAUAUGUCAUUCUUUACGGAGGCUCACAAGACAUUUCAAUCUCAUCACCCACAACUUCUGUAAUGGGCACCAACGAUGUCUGGGUCUGGGAUAUACGCAAUGGCUCCUGGUAUCAUCCUACUAUUCAGACACAAUCAGGCAAUACUAUGCUACCACAAAUCUACUUUAAAGCAACUACUCUACCAAGCCAAGGUCAGAUCAUUGCACUUGUUAGUAAUACAACUGGCGGCUCGGCAACAGGCGUAAUACAAAAAUUAGAUAUAAAUAGCUGGUCAUGGAGUUUUCCAACUACAAAUUUCCAAGCGUCUGCUCGAACGGUGGGAUAUUCAAUGCUAACGAUCAAUAACACCAUUUACACUUAUGGUGGAUUGUCUGUAGAUCAAAAUGGCUAUGCCAAUGCUAAUGCUGUCCAAAACGCUUUAUCCAUGAUGGACGCAAAUAGCUAUCAAUGGUCGUCUGGCUCUAAUGGGCUUGGAUUGGCUGAUCAUUCUACUUGUUAUUUGAAAGCUUGCAACUGUUUGGUUACAUUUGGUGGAACACCCACCGGUAAUCCGACUGAUGUAACAGAUGCUGUCAAUCUUUAUGACCUUAGUAAAAGAGUAUGGAAUGUUCAAGGAAUUCAGACUCCUGCUGGUGCCUCUGCUCCAGGCGCAAGAAGACUUCAUACAGCUAAUUGCUUGGAUGAUUUGAUGAUUGUUUACGGCGGUGGCACUAAUCAACCGGCAGAUACAGAUGUCUGGGUUCUGAAUGCUACUUCUUAUCCUACCAUGACAUGGCAAAGAAUUACAAUGGCAAACCAAACUCAAGGACCUAAUUCAAGAAUGGGGCAUUCUGCUGUAUUAGAUAAACCAAACAAAAAGAUAUAUAUAUUUGGUGGUUGGGGCCUAAGCGCUUCUAAUGACUCUAAUAUGUAUGUACUUGAUUACGUGAAUUGGGGUUGGACACGAAUUGCUACAACCGGGUACCCUCAUGACGCUCUGCCCAAUAUUAACAGCACUACGUCCAACGAUCCAACUGGCAAUGAGCAACAAGCAACAAAUAAGCUCAGCGCAGGUGCCAUUGCAGGUGCAGCUGUUGGUAGUGCGUUAGGAUUAAUAUUGAUUGCAGCUAUUAUUGCCUUCUUGUUCAUCAGAAAGAAGAGACGCCAGCAACAACAAGACAAGGAUGCCAUGGUUGUCAUUGGCGAAGAAUUUUCUGACGAAUACAAAGCAACAAGAGCGAAAAAAGAUAAUCCUUUUUACUAUAAUCCUGAUGGUUUUUACAACACAAAUGACGAUGAUGAUGAUAACGAUAACGAGCAUAGACGGCCUGCCCACCAUGGUGGCUACUUUAUCAAUAAUAAUAAUAACAACAGUCGUAGCACACAUCGCAUGUCAAAAGCAUGGACAGGCACAAGCAGUCCACGCAACUCGUAUACUCGACCUUCUGAAAUUGGUGAUAGUGAUAGAGUCGUAACAGGCGUAUUAGAAGCCAUCACCCCUAUAGAUGAUGGUACUGUGGCUGCUACUCAUGGGUCUCGUAGUCCUCGUGAAUCUCUCCGCAAUUCCAAAGUUCUGCUGGUAACACCAACUGAGUACAUUAAACAAGGACAAGUGCCGAAUGAGAUUAUUUCACAGAAACCCAACGAAUUUUCUAUACCUGCUAUAAGACAACAAAACACAAGGCAGGUUCCUGUCCACCACCAUCUUGGCCUUCCAACACCCAUUACGCCAGAUGAAAACAUAGUACCUAUGAGUGCUUCUAUGGAAGUUUUGCGAAGUAUCGGAACAAAUGCAAGCAGUAUGAUGAAUCAUACAGGAGCUAGUCAGUUUGAUAAUACAACUUCAACCGAUGAUAAAAGAAAGAACACAAGUGGUGUCAUUUUUACCCACACUACUGUUCCAACGCCUGAUUUUGAAGAACAAGAAGAGAACUGGACUUUUACUGAUUCACUUUCUGUUGGUCAACCUUAUUCAGCACCACCUAUCCAGUAUAUCUCACCCAACUCACAUCAAUUGAGCACUGCUACAUCAGCGCAAACAUGGGAUACAAAAGAUGCUCCUAAUUUCCAAAUAUCACUUGUGCAUCAUCACAAUAAUCAGCCAUUGCAAGGACAAUAUCCUUCUUCAACACUCAAUAUGCCAAUGGCCCAAACAGUCACUCCACCAAGCACUUCAACGAAUAGUAGUCAAAACAACAGCUCAAGCACUAACGAUAUGCACAAGAGCAACCCACAAGUCAAUAUUUAUAAUACAGUCAGUCCACUGGAUGCACUUGCUUCACUUGGACAACAACCAACAAACAGUUUAGAGAAUACCCCAGGUAGCAGUCGCCAUAAUUCAUCUGUUAUCGUUAAAAGUAUGACUCGAGAAAACAGCAAUCAUUCAACAGAUGGCUUUAUACAACUCGCGCCUUUUAUUUCAGCACUGCCUCAUAGAUAUCAGAUAGACAAAGCAAAGCCACCAAUUACUGGUCCUACCAACAAUAUUCUGUUUGCUAUUGCAGGUGAGAACGAGUUAGCGCCUGUUGCUAUUAAAUCAUUUGGACGAAGAGAAGCUUGGGAGCGAGAAUGCCGUACGCUCAUUAAACUAAAAUCACCUUGUGUUGUUGAAAUUUUGGAAGUAUUGACUAUACAAGGCAAUGAGCAACACCAUGUUCACGACGAUGAAAGAAAAGAUAUACAGUAUGUUACAGUCAUGGAAAGAUUAGAUGAGACUCUCAACACUUGGAUUCGACACAAACAACAUAGCAAAAACAACGGCCGAAUUGCUCGAGACAUUCUCAAAUGUUUAUUUUGGUGCCACAAUAAUGGCAUUGCUUUCUGUGAUUUGAAGCCCAGUAACAUCAUGCAUCGCCAAGGAGAACCAUGGAAACUGAUUGAUUUUGAGGCGAGCCGUACAAUUGGAGAAGAAUGUGUAGGUGUUAUUACACCUAGGUAUUGUCCCCCUGAAGUGGCUCGAGCUACUACUUAUGGAUUAGAAGGUGCAAAUGGUGUCGUGGCAACUGCUAGCGUUGAUCUUUGGUCCCUUGGAUGUGUUAUCUAUGAACUUGAGACCAAAAAGGCCUUAUUUCCUAGCAAAAUCAAAGAUGAAACAAUUCUUCAUUUCGUAUCGCAUCCCUCGCCUUCUACACCCAUAUUAAAUAACGGACUUCGAUGGAAUGAAAGCAAGGAGCUUGAGAUUCCUCAGUUUGACAAGCUUGUUCCUAAUCCACAUACCCGACAAUUAAUCAAGAUAUUACUCAGUAGAGAUCCCAACAAACGCACAUCUGCUUCUCAAUUAUUAGAAAACCCUUAUUUUUUAUCUUAA